CAUUGCAUGGCAACAAGAAUACAAAUUCGUUGCUAUAUUUGAUCGAUCUUGUCUUGUUAUCAAGAAUAAUUCUGUCGAGAAGAAGCCUAAAAAAUUCCGAAAACAAUGUUGAGUAACAGUGGAAAAUUCAAGGAUAGAAAUCCAGAUGUUACUGCUGCUGGUAAAUGUUUUACUCUUGGUGAAACUGCAAAGGAAUGCCUAAAUAUUCCCAGAAAGCCACUGACCCCUGAACCAGUCCACAAAUUCCGUUGUACCACAAACCCAGCUCCUGCCGAAAGAAGAAUAUUCUAUGGCAGAUACAGUGAUCCAAAUAUUGCAUCUUUGUUGAGUCAUGGCAUUGAUACAAAACCAUCUCUAAAGGCUCGGGAUUUGAUUUUGCCACGGCCAAAGAGUCUCUAUGUGCAGAGAUUAUGUGAUAAAAAGGAAGAUCUUUACGCAACUCGCAAAAAAGCCCCUCUAGGAAAAUCUCAUGAUCAGCGAGUUGGAUUGCCAAAAGGGGUUGAGCCUUAUGAUGUUCGAUAUGGGAUAAAGGUCUUUAGGGAUUGUACUGCUGGAGAGUUAGUCAAUCCUGCAAAAUCAAAGAACGAAGUGGAAGUUGAAUCUACUCAAGGGUCAGAUUUAUACAUCAAGAGUCAUAGUGCAUAUAGCGUUGGUGAAACGUAUGAUAGAAAAUAUAACUGGUCCCGGAUACCAAAAACAAGUUGUUUUGGCAAAGAGACACCACAUGACAACAGAGGAAGAAAUGUACAAAAAACGCUUAAAUGGCUGCACGAAACUCAAAGUGCCAAGGCGGCUCAUGUCGUGUCAGAAAGGGUGGACAAUUUCAGAGAACGAACACAGCCUCAAGUUGGAACAGUUCAUGACCCAAUAAAGGAGACAAUGCUUGCCAGAGUACCAAGUGACCACACAUUUGGUGUUUUGGUCAAACCAGAUGAAUAUGGUGCUGGAGACUUGAUACAUAACCGAGCGGCUGGGAGGUUUUUGCGAGGAAAAGAUAAAGAAAGGGGAGUGCUCGCUGCAAUCCGACAACAUUUGAAGAAAGCAAAUUAUCACAAUUUUCAUGAUCUCAAUGCAGCAUUCAAAUUUUAUGACAAGGAUAGUUCUGGAAAGAUUGACAUCAAUGAGCUUCGAGAAAUUUGCAUCCAAUUCAACCUUCCAAUCGACAAGGAAUUGCUCGAAGCUUUGUUUGACUACUGUGACAUAGACAAAGAUGGACAAAUAGAUUAUAUAGAGUUCUCGAAUUUCUUGAACUGGAAAGGAAAAAUGCCUACAAGGAUAAAAAAUAAAGAUUCAGCAGAUGACUCUGAUACGAAAAGCGAAGAUGAGGCACCAGAAGAGCUGCAUAAGCAAAUUGAUGAUGCUGUUGUUGACUUUAAAACUUCAUCACAAACAAUAAAUGCUGUUGUCGGUGGUGUCAAAACUGGCGAUUGGAAAUUCAACGGUAUCCCAACAAUAAGAAGCGAUCUUCCGGCGCCGCGUAUAAGAAGAAUCGGUGAUUCAACAAAUUACGGCGACGAAUCUAAUGCGUACGGGUUAAUCAACCCAUCAAUCUACUCGAAUCAUGGUGUCUUUGAACGAGAUUUCUUUCAAAACCGGGACGAAAACGAAAUUCGGCAAAUAUUUGAUAGUAUUGGCUUUGCGCUGACAAAUGACGAUUUUCAAAAAGUUUGGGAAACUGCAAGAGAGAACAGCGACAAUGGCAAGGUAUCCGUUGAGACCUUCAGGCAAAUUCUAUAUGGAUCAAUUGUGAACAAAGAUGAACAGGAUAUCGCUGAGGCUGGGCAGGAUAACGUAACUACAGUUGUAUCUGAACGACCAGAAAUUUACAGAAAUAUCGACUUGAAAUACAGCAAGAAGGAAAGCGAAUUGAAAGAUGGGUUCAAGGAGGCUGAAUACGUCAUGGCACAGUGAGAAAGGGGACUUGAAAUUUUGUAAAGAAUGAAGAACUGCAUAAUUUCUUGCAACCUUUAUCAAUUUUGUUCAUAUGUUUUCAAGUAAAAAUAACUCGUAUUGAUAUAAUCCAUUAAGUCAUACUUUAUUGAUCAA